AUGGAACCAGAGCCAUCCAUUGGCGCUCUCCUUGAGGCUAUCCAAGCCCUCUCCACACAAGUUGGGUCCCUCCAGGACCAAGUCAAGUCCCAGGGCAAGCAGAUUACCCAGCUUGCUGCCCUAUGUAAAGAAACCAACAACCUUGUUGGAGACUCAGCUCAGGGUGGAACCCAAGCCAAGCCUGGCCCAAUGACUGGGCCUGCCACUCCUCCUACCCACUCUGGAGGAGAAGCCAACACUCCAGGCACGGUUAGGCCUGGACUCAAGGCCCCCUUCAGACCAUCAAGGGGAACAGGCUUUGAUUCCAAGGACAAGGAAGAACCAAGGCCCCUCAAAAAGGAGCCUACAGGAACGCCUAAAAGGCACUUGGGGUCCCUCACCCCAUUCAACACAGGGUCCAGUGUAAAACGGCCCAAAAUGGAUCUUCCCAACCCCUAUAAGGGCAACACCAGGGGACAAAAGGCCACUCAGUGGCUGGAUUGGAUGAUGCUAUGGGUAGCCCUCCAUUGA